AUGGCGUUGUCACACAUUUCGAUUUUUAUCGUUUCAGAUGUGUUUGACCCGGUCAAGGUCGAUUGGUCGUCUUUAGAAACCGACUUUACAGCGAAGGUCGGUGUUCUCAGCACAGCCAGACAAAAGUUUUCAGUGCCGAAGGUACUGUCGUCGGUUCCGUUGUACGCUCCGCUGCUCGGUUCAGAUAUCGUCGAUAGCAUAAAGGCGAUCGUUAGCAGUGACAAAGCGUCGACCAGCAAUGCCAGUAGUGGUGAUGGUGAUGGCACGUGUUGCAUAGACUUUAAUGCGUUCGAUUUUAACCGUUCUCGGAGACGCCGCAUACAUGAUCUUAUCAGCUCAGAUUCGUCUGACAGCGUUUUAUCCGCUCGCACAGACCUGAAGUUGCGCCGGAUACUGUGUCACUUCAGUCCUGAGGCACCUGAUAUGGUUUGGUCCGGUGAAUCCGACUUGGUCGUGAACCCAAAGCUUCGCGAAACAGCGAGGAGUUCGUUUAUGCAGUGCAAAACUAAAAUGGACAAAUUUCUUGCCAGCGUCUGCCAGAGCUAA